AGCCUUCUUCUUCUGACACCUGUCAACUGUUCCAAAACACGGGCCGUCGCUGUGGAGACCAGCCAGAAUAAGGAGACGAGUCAGACCAGGACCCGGGACUCUCAGUCUGCCAUGGACCAGCAGCACGCCAAAGUGGAGCGCUUCCUCAAACUGGGCUACUCUCACUGUGACAUCGUGAGGGUGCUGGAGAGCCUGCACCACGACGCCCAGACCAACGACAUCCUGGAGGAGCUGAUAAAGACCUGCCACACCCGCAGCCCCCAGCUGGUGCCCCGAGGCUGCAGCCCGGGCCCCAACAGAGCCCGAGCCGGCCCUGAGCGAGAGCCCCACACCAGCUUCAGACCCGUGGUGAUCGAUGGGAGCAACGUGGCCAUGAGACCAACAUAUUCUUCAUGAACUGGAGAGAAGGAAGAUCCUGGUGUACACACCAUCCCGCUUCGUCAACGGGAAACGGGUCGUGUGCUACGACGACCGCUACAUCAUCAAGUUAGCAGUGGAUUCAGACGGUAUCAUCGUGUCUAACGACAACUACCGAGACCUGCAGAUGGAGAGUUCUCAGUGGAAGAAGUUCAUUGAGGAGAGGCUCCUCAUGUACACAUUCGCCAACGACAAGUUCAUGCCUCCAGAUGAUCCUCUCGGUAGAAACGGUCCCACUAUUGACGACUUUCUGAGGAAAAAGCCGUGGACUCCAGACAACAGGCAGCAGCACUGUCCUUACGGAAAGAAAUGCACCUACGGGCUGAAGUGUAAGUUCUACCACCCGGAGCGGGUCAACCAGUCGCAGCUGUCGGUGGCCGACGAGCUGAGGGCUCUGGGAGACCGAGCUAAGAGCUUGUCUCCCAGCCACCCCUCCACCACUCCACCCCCCGCCAGCAGAGAGGAGCUGCCCCCCAGAGCCCCCCCCAGUGAGGCCUUCACCUGUCACAGAGUCCAGACCAGCGUGGAUGGAGACGAGGCCUUCAGCUCCAUGGACAGCUCCAUGUCCCGGCUCUACAUCCAGGACGGCCCGUACAGCGUGGAGCCCCCCCUGACCAGCUACAGCAGUGGGCUGGGGAGCUACCCGCUGUCCGGGAACAGCCUGAGGGUCUGUCAGAGUGGUCCGGUGUAUUACUCCCACCAGAACGGGUCCUGUGACUGCAAGUGUGGGCACCAGAGGAUCCGGAUCGGAACCAGCCACCACCACCCGGCCUGGAGCUCCUGCCCCGCCGCGCCCCCGUACACCAGGGACCAGUUCAGUCAUUUCACAGACAGGCAGCCCUUCGGGCCCCCCCCUAACAGACACAGCCAGUCCCAGGACCCGUGGGCUCAUCACGGUCCCCCCGACACCAAUCUGGGCCGUCGGACCACGAGCCUGACCCAGGACCAGAGGAAGGAUCUGAGGAGCCAGCUCAGCACCCUGUUCCCCCAAAGCAUGGUGGAGCAGGUCCUGAACGAGCACCCCCACACCUCAGACAGUCUGGAACUGAUCCAGCUCCUCCAGAGCUACAGAACCAGCAACUUCUCCUUCUAGACCUGUCAGGAUUUAAAGUGAGCCCACAGUUCUCAUCCCAGGAGCUGAGCAGAAACAAACAUUUCUGACAGCAAACGUGAAUGUGUGUUUUUAUUUGUUGUUGUGUUAAACGUUAUUUAAGCAUUAAAAAGUGUGUCAGUCUGAGGAACACUACAGGCCGAUGCCCUUUGUUCUAAAACAAAUGUGCAAUGCACUCAGCUCCAUUCAGCUACUUAUUGUAGCUCCAACAAUCGUGAUCAAAGCAGCAGGUGUUGUUUUCCCACGUUGCCUCAAAAUGAGGAACACUAUUCUGUACUUGUGUGUCUGUGUGAUACAAUCUGAAACCUUGUGUUUUUACAGCACUUUUCAAAUAAAAGCACUUGGUGUA